CCUCGCACACAUCCACAACAACAAGCCACGCACACACCUGCACACCAUGUCCCCACCACCGGUCGACGCGCCGUCGCCCACACCGAGCAACAUGCCGCCUCCGAACGCAAAGCGGCCUCGCAACACCGGCACCCCGUCGUCCCUCCCUGCUGCGGCAGGCGGCGGCAACGGCUCGAACGCGGCCCGCACGAAGCGGAAAAAGCCAGAGGGCUCAGUCGGGCCAGAGAGCAGCACGAGCGACACGCGUGAUCGCCGCCCCGUCAGCUUUGGCGUCGGCAUGGUCAAGGGCCGUGAGGGCGAAUGGAGCGAACCCGCCGACGUCAAGACCAAGAUCAACUUUUUAGACCUGCCAACAGAAGCUCUGUACCGCUAUCUCGAGGUGCACGACCUCCUGCCCCGCUGGGACGUGUCGCCGUGGUCCGAGGAGCCAUGUACCCCUCCCACGGCGCUGUACACGAUUCCGCCGCCGCCGCCUAUCGUUCCUAUCCUCCCAGCAUCACCAAAGCGGGCUGACGGGAUGGAUGUCGACUCGGCGCCUGCGCCUGUUCCCGAGCCUGCUCCGCCUGCGCCCCCGGUGGCAGAGGCACCAGAGGUGCGCGGAGCAGCCGACGGCGGCGACGUGGACGGACCCAAGCCUGAACCCAGUGCGGAUGACGAGGCGGCAGCAGAGGCAGCACAAGACGAGGAGAACAACGCGCCGCCAACGACCCGCUCCAAGACGGCCCCGCUGCGCAAGGCGUCGACGCCAGAGUCCUCGCCCCAGCCGCCCAGAGUGAAGCGCGGCGUCAUGACCCUCAGCGACGUGCAUGCUGCACGUGCGAUUCUUGCCGAGAAGGCAAAUGCGCACUGGGUCAAGGGCCUCGGCGGUGGCCAGAACCGCGAGGGCGAGACGAUUGUCAACUUCCUGUACAAGAACAAGGUUGGACAUGUCCCACAAGAGUCGGCACCGGCCGAUACCGAGCUCGAAGGCGACGUGACGGCCCACGACCUCUCAAACGCCCCAGGCAAGGAGCGCGAGCGCGAGCCCGUGUUCGGCGGUGAGAUUGCAAACAUCAGCACCGAGGGCCAGGCCGCCAUGGACGUCGACGAGGCCAACGGUGGCGACGCCGCGACCCCCGCCGCCGCCGACGCGGCGCGCCUCUCCCCCAACGACCUGCACGCGCUCGCGACGACCUACCUCGCCAGCCAGACGCACCCGCUCAUCGUGCCCUCGUACUCGUCGUGGUUCUCCAUGUCGACCAUCCACCCCAUUGAGCGCAAGUCGCUCCCAGAGUUCUUCUCCAAGCGCAACCGCUCCAAGACGCCCGCCGUCUACAAGGACUACCGCGACUUUAUGAUCAACACGUACCGCCUCAACCCGGGAGAGUACCUGACCGUCACGGCGUGCCGCCGUAACCUUGCCGGCGACGUCGGCGCCAUCAUGCGCGUCCACGGCUUCCUUGAGCAGUGGGGCCUCAUCAACUACCAGGUCGACCCCGACACCAAGCCCGCGCCCCUCGGCCCUCCUUUUACCGGCCAUUUCCGUGUCACCCUCGACACGCCCAAGGGCCUGAGCAACCUGCACCCGGGAAGCAAGCCUGGUGCCGGCGCGCUUGGUGCUAACGGUGCCGCUGCUGGCGGACUGACCGGCUCCAACCUCGACCUCCGCAAGGUCAUCUACAAGUCGACGUCGAGCGGCUUGUCAGGCCCCGGUCGCACCCAGACGUCUACCGAGGACGAGGCUGCCCAGACGGCCGAGGUCGCUGCCAACGGCAGCCCCCAGGCGCGCCCCUCGCACAGCUGUGCUACCUGCGGCACCGACUGCACGCGCACGCGCUACCACUCGGUCAAGGACGGCAAGUACACCGUCUGCCCGACCUGCUACGUGUCUGGCCGCUUCCCUUCGACCAUGUUCUCGGGCGACUUUGUGCGUCUUGACGACGAGGUCUUCAAGCACGCUUCCGGCACCCAGGCCGACGACUGGACCGACCAGGAGACCCUCCUCCUGCUUGAGGGUGUUGAGAUGUACGACGACGAGUGGCAGGCGGUCGCCAACCACGUCGCCACGCGCAGCAAGGAGCAGUGUAUCGCCAAGUUCCUCCAGCUCCCCAUCGAGGACCAGUACCUCACGUCGGACCCUGGAGCCAACAUUGGCCCAUUGCGCUACCAGGCUGGCCUCAACGGCCUGCCCUUCGAGUCGGCCGAGAACCCCGUUAUGAGCGUCGUCACCUUCCUCGCCAGCGCUGUUGGCCCCGCCGUCGCCGCUGCGGCUGCUCAGAGCGCCCUUGGCGAGCUCGCCCAGGGCCUCAAGCGCAAGCGCGAUGCCGCCGUUGCCAAGGAGGCCGACAAGGACAAGGCCAAGUCCCCCGAGGACAAGGAGGCGGGAGACAAGGAGGGUGCCAACGGUGACGCCGAGGGCGAGGAGGGCGCGGCCGAGAAGCGCCAGAAGACGGACGACAGCGUCAAGCCCGAGGCGAUCGAGGUCGACGCCGAGGGAGUGGUCGCGACCACUGACGCCGAGGGCGACGAGGGACCGACAAAGACGUCGCUGGAGCGUGCUGCCUCCAUCGCCAUUGGUGCCGCCGCCGCCAAGGCGUCCAGCCUGGCCGGCCACGAGGAGACACGCUUGGCAGGACUUGUCUCCCGGCUUGUCGCUGCGCAGGCGCGCAAGGUCGAGCUCAAGCUCGGCCUGUUUGAAAAGCUCGAGGAGGUGCUGGAGGACGAGAAGCGCAAGCUCGAGCUCGACCGCCAACGGUUGUUCCGCGAGCGACUGGCCGUGCAGAAGCAGCUUGCGCAGGUCGACGACCUGCUGCGCCGUGCGCGCGACCAGGCCGCGGCCGCCCCGCCGCCCGCCGCUGCUGCUGCUACUACUCCUGCUGCUGCUGCUACGCCUGCCGCCGCCCCCGCCGCCGACGCGUCGCCGGCCGCUGUUGCCUCGGGUGCCACCCCAGCCGCUGCGGCCGCUGCGACGCCGGGCUCCAUACCGGCCGCAACGCCAGGCGCCGUGUCACCUGCCGACGUGGCUGCCGUGCGCGAAAGCAUUGCGCCAACGACGGCCGAGCAGGUCGAGGAGGUCAAGGAGGACGUGCCCGCGCCCGAGAAGGAGGGCACGACUGUCGAGCAGCUCUAAGGCUGCGGUUAUAGCGAAUCUGCAGUCUAGAGUGUACACGAGUAUGCAUGCAUGUACGAUAGCGUGAGCAAAUCUAAGCUGCGCCGUCGGGGCCGGGCGCCACGGUGCUCUGGUACCCCUUCUUCA